AUGGCUGCGGCGAUAGCCAGCUCCUUGAUCCGGCAGAAGCGACAGGCGAGGGAGUCCAACAGCGACCGGGUGUCGGCCUCCAAGCGCCGCUCCAGCCCCAGCAAAGACGGGCGCUCCCUGUGCGAAAGGCACGUCCUCGGGGUAUUCAGCAAAGUGCGCUUCUGCAGCGGCCGCAAGAGGCCAGUGAGGCGGAGACCAGAACCCCAGCUGAAAGGAAUUGUGACAAGGUUAUUCAGCCAGCAGGGAUAUUUCCUGCAGAUGCACCCAGAUGGUACCAUUGAUGGGACCAAGGACGAAAAUAGUGACUACACCCUCUUCAAUCUAAUUCCUGUGGGCCUGCGUGUGGUGGCUAUCCAAGGGGUGAAGGCCAGCCUCUAUGUGGCCAUGAAUGGUGAAGGCUAUCUCUACAGCUCAGAUGUUUUCACUCCAGAAUGCAAAUUUAAGGAAUCUGUAUUUGAAAACUACUAUGUGAUUUAUUCUUCCACACUGUACCGUCAACAAGAAUCAGGCCGAGCAUGGUUUCUGGGACUCAAUAAAGAAGGUCAAAUUAUGAAGGGAAACAGAGUGAAGAAAACCAAGCCCUCAUCACAUUUUGUACCAAAACCCAUUGAAGUGUGUAUGUACAGAGAGCCAUCACUUCAUGAAAUUGGAGAAAAACAAGGGCGUUCAAGGAAAAGUUCUGGAACACCAACCAUGAAUGGAGGCAAAGUCGUGAAUCAAGAUUCAACAUAGCUGAGAACUCUUCCCUUUGUCCCUCUUCAUCCCUUCCCUUUCUCCCCUCCCCUUUACCCAUUUCCUUCCAGUAAAUCCACCCAAGGAGAGGAAAACAAAAUGGCAACCCAGGACCUAGUGACUAAGAUUCUGCACUCAAAAAUCUUCCUUUGUGUAGGACAAAGAAAUUGAACCAAAGCUUGCCUGUUGCAAUGUGGUAGAAAAUGCACAUGCACAAA